AUGCCCUCGUUCCGCCCUAUCAAGCCGACCUCAUUCGGCCCCGCUCGAAAUUUACAGACUCGAGCUCAGCUCGCUCGUCCCCUUGCUCGCGCUCAAGCCAGAAGCUAUGCGGUCGCUGCACCUGCCGUAGGAUCGUACGGGCCGACAGACGAGCCGACACUCAAUUCACCCUCAGAGCUCGCGAGGAAGAUCUCGGCUAAAGUAUUGCCAAAAUUGACGAAACCCGAUGUCAAGAAAGUCUUGGUAGUCGGGAGUGGGGGACUGAGUAUUGGUCAAGCUGGAGAAUUCGAUUAUUCUGGAUCUCAAGCAAUUAAGGCCCUUCGAGAAUCCAAUAUCGACACUAUCCUCAUCAACCCCAACAUUGCGACUAUCCAAACUUCUCACCACCUCGCUUCCCAGAUCUACUUCUUGCCUGUCACGGCUGACUAUGUCGCCUAUGUUCUUGAAAAGGAGCGACCAGAUGGCAUCCUGCUCACUUUCGGAGGUCAGAGUGCCUUGAACUGCGGUAUCGCAUUGGAGAAGAUGGGAGUCUUGGAAAGACUCGGUGUGCAGGUCUUGGGAACGCCAAUCCGAACGCUCGAAGUAUCAGAAGACCGUGACUUGUUCGUCCAGGCUUUGAAUGAAAUCGACAUCCCAGCUGCUCAGUCCACCGCCGUUUCGUCUAUUCAAGCUGCGCUUGAUGCCGCUGCCGAAAUCGGAUACCCUAUCAUUCUCCGUUCAGCCUUCUCUCUGGGUGGUCUUGGAUCAGGUUUCGCCCACGACGAAGAAGAGUUGAGGAAUUUGGCCGCCAAAUCAUUGUCACUGUCCCCUCAGGUCCUGAUUGAGAAGAGUUUGAAGGGUUGGAAAGAGGUCGAAUACGAGGUCGUCCGAGAUGCCGCUGAUAACACCAUUAUUUGCUGCAACAUGGAAAACUUUGAUCCCCUUGGAACGCACACAGGAGAUUCCAUCGUCGUUGCCCCGUCUCAGACCUUGACCGACGAUGAAUACCACAUGCUCCGAUCUGCUGCUAUCAAGAUUGUCCGUCAUGUCGGUGUCGUUGGAGAAUGCAAUGUGCAAUACGCUCUGGACCCGUACAGCCGAGAUUAUCGUGUGAUCGAAAUGAACGCCCGUCUCUCCCGAUCAAGUGCCCUCGCCUCCAAAGCUACGGGCUACCCCCUCGCUUACACUGCUGCCAAAAUCGCCCUCGGACACACUCUGCCGGAACUCCCAAACGCCGUUACCAAAUCCACCACCGCCUGCUUUGAACCUUCGUUGGACUAUAUCGUCACGAAGAUUCCAAAGUGGGACUUGGCCAAGUUCCAGCACGUCGAGCGAAAUGUCGGAUCCGCCAUGAAGUCAGUCGGAGAAGUCAUGGCUAUUGGACGAACCUUUGAAGAAUCGCUCCAGAAGGCUAUUCGACAGGUUGACCCCAAUUUCACAGGAUUUGACGCCUACUGGAAACCCGAAGACAUGCACUCUGCCUUGACCAACAACAACGAUCGACGACUGUUUGCCAUUGCGCAUGCCAUGCUCAACUUGAACUACACUGUCGAACAGCUUCACGACCUGACCAAGAUUGAUCGCUGGUACCUGUACAAGCUUGAGAACAUUGUCAACAUGUACAAGCGUAUUCAGACCAAGCCAUUCGACCAAUGGGAUGAGGCUCUUGUCAGGGAUGCGAAACGGACCGGGUUUUCAGAUCUACACAUGGCUCAGCUGUCCGGCCGAAAGGAGGACGAAGUAAGAUCUGUCCGAAAAUCCUUCGGCGUCACACCUUUCGUCAAGCGAAUUGACACACUUGCCGCUGAAUUCCCCGCGUACACCAACUAUCUUUACACCACUUACAACGCUACAACUCACGACAUUACGUUUGACGACAACGGCACCAUGGUCCUUGGAUCCGGUGUCUACCGUAUUGGCUCGUCUGUCGAAUUCGAUUGGUGUGCCGUCACCUGCUCUCGCGCGAUCCGAGCUCUCGGACACAAGACUAUCAUGAUCAACUACAACCCCGAGACUGUGUCGACCGACUUUGACGAGGCUGACCGACUGUACUUUGAAGAGCUUGGUUGGGAACGGGUCAUGGACAUUUACGAAAUGGAAGGUGCAUCCGGCGUUGUCGUCUCCGUCGGCGGUCAAUUGCCUCAGAACAUUUCUUUGCGACUCAAGAAAUCCGGUGUCAAUGUCCUUGGAACAGACCCUGAACAGAUCGACAAUGCUGAAGACAGGCAUAAAUUCUCUUCCAUCCUCGACUCUGUCGGUGUCGAUCAGCCCGCUUGGACCGAAGCGACUUCUCUUGAAGCUGCCAAGGAAUUUGCCAACCAGGUCGGCUACCCUGUCCUCAUUCGACCAUCGUACGUUUUGUCAGGUGCCGCCAUGAACGUGGUGUAUGACGAAUCUCAAUUGCAACACAACUUGUCCGCCGCUGCCAACGUCUCUCCUCUUCACCCGGUCGUCAUCUCUCAAUUCAUCGAUAAUGCUCAAGAAAUCGAUGUUGACGCUGUGGCGCACAAAGGCAAGCUUCUGGUGCACGCCGUCUCUGAGCAUGUUGAAAAUGCUGGUGUCCACUCUGGUGAUGCUACGCUCAUCCUCCCACCACGAUCCCUUCCCGACCAGGACAUGGACAGGCUCAAAGGGAUCGCUGAAAAGGUCGGCAAAGCUUUCAACAUUUCCGGUCCAUUCAACAUGCAAAUCAUCCGAAAGCCACCUGUUGGUGAUGAGCCUGCCGAGCUCAAGGUCAUUGAAUGCAACUUGCGAGCUUCUCGAAGUUUCCCAUUCGUCUCUAAGGUUCUCGGAACAAACUUUAUCGACGUUGCCUCAGCCGCCAUCAUGGGCGUGGACGUUCCGGAGCCGGUCGACCUCAUGAAGGAGAAGCGAGAUUACGUGGCUAUCAAGGUUCCUCAAUUCUCAUGGACCCGAUUGCCUGGUGCAGACCCAUUCCUCGGUGUAGAGAUGGCGUCUACUGGAGAAGUCGCCUCGUUUGGAAAGGACGUGCACGAAGCUUACUGGGCCGCUUUGCUUUCGGUUAAUGGAAUGAAGUUGCCUCGUCCGAACUCCGGAUUCCUCAUUGGUGGAGACAUCAGCCGACCUGAAAUGAUCCCUGUGGCCACCAACCUUAUCAACCUCGGAUUCAAGCUCUACACGCAUUCUGCAGAAGUCGAAGCACACAUCAACAGCCAGCCAUACCUCACGGUCAAACGCAUUCACGUGCCCGUCAAGGACAAGCGAAAGUUGCGUGAAGUCUUGGAGGAGAAUGAAAUCACCUCGGUCAUCAACAUUUCUCGAUCUCGCGCACCGACCGUCAACGAUGCCGACUAUGCGUCUCGACGUGCCGCUGUCGACUUUGGAAUUCCGUUGAUAAACAAUGCCAAACUGGCCGUCUUGUUCACUGAAACGCUGCAGAAAAAGUUCCACCAGAGCCCAUUACCAUACGUUGAGGGCACCAACCCGCCGGAAGUCAAAUCUUGGCGAGAGUUUGUGCCUCACGCUUAG